CUUUAAAGACCCAGCCCCGAGCCGCGGCGCGGAGCGGCGAUUGGCUGAGCCCGGCCCGCUCUGCCGGCUGCUCGCAGCGCGGCGCUGUCAGUGCCUCGGGGCUGGGCGAGCGCCGCUCCGCCUCCUGCUCGGGGUAUCAGUGCCGUGCGUGGGGCCCUUGCUCGGGGUGUCGGGCUCGCCGCUCGCCGGCGUCAGGGUGGCUCUGGGGUUAGGUCAGGCAGCUCAGCGGGGAGCGGGCACCGCGUGUUUCCUCAGCCGGGACGCCUGGCCGGGGGCGGGGGUCGCUGGCCCCGCGCGGAGUGCCGGUGCGGAGCGCGCAGCAAGGCGGCUGUUCCUGCCCGUCUCUCCGGGGUCAGGGGCUUGUUGCGGGCGGACGAGACAGAAGAGCCGCCCCGGCAGUAGCAGCAUCAUCAUCACCUGGCGCUGCGGCGGAGGGAGGGGAGAGGCGAGGCGAGGAGGGGCGGGCGCGGCGCGUUGCGUGGUCUGGGGCAGCCCGGCUGGUGGUUGGACGUUUAAAGCAGCGGAGCCGCCGCUCGGGUUUCAGAGACAGCCGGGGCUGUCGCUUGUUCGCUGCAGCCUGAGCCGGAGACAUGGAGGGGAAACAGCCGCCGUCCGGCUCCACCCGGCAGCAGCAGGCGACAGCAGCGGCGGGAGGCGCUGAGGAAUCGUCACGUUUGCCGGCUCGCGUUGGGGAUGCGCCGGCCGCAGGCGCUGAGCCCGAAGCGGGGCUGUCUCCGGCGACAGCGGCCGGGGAUGCUCUGUGCAGACCGCUGGGUCCGAGCCAGAGCCGCUUCCAGGUGGACCUGGUGGCAGAGGGCUCUGGCCGGGCGGCGGCGGACGAGCCCCAGAAACCUGGCGGGCAGGGCGGCGCGGCGGCGAAGGGCAGCGAGGAAGCCAAGGGCAGGUUUCGGGUGAACUUUGUGGACCCAUCGGCCGGUGAUGAGAGCCCGGCUGAGCACGGCGGGGGCCUGGAGGGCGGCGGUGUCAGCUUCCAGAACGGGGGCGACACGGUGCUGAGCGAGGGCAGCCUCCACUCUGGGGGCGGCGGCGGCGGCGGCGGGCAUCACCACUACUACUAUGAUACCCACACCAACACCUACUACCUGCGCACCUUCGGCCACAACACCAUGGACGCCGUGCCUAGGAUAGACCACUACCGGCACACGGCCGCCGAGCUGGGCGAGAAGCUCAUCCGGCCCAGCCUGGCCGAGCUGCACGAUGAGCUAGACAAGGAACCUUUUGAGGAUGGAUAUGCAAAUGGGGAAGAAGGGACUCCUCCUGGGGAAGCUGAUGCUACUUAUGCUGCAGACAGUAAGGGAAUAGUCAAGUUUGGCUGGAUAAAAGGUGUAUUGGUACGAUGUAUGUUGAAUAUUUGGGGUGUGAUGCUCUUCAUCAGACUAUCAUGGAUUGUAGGACAGGCUGGGAUAGCUCUUUCUGUCUUGGUUAUUGCAAUGGCAACUGUUGUGACAACUAUCACAGGAUUGUCUACUUCAGCAAUAGCUACCAAUGGAUUUGUAAGAGGAGGAGGAGCAUAUUAUUUAAUUUCCAGAAGCCUGGGACCUGAAUUCGGUGGCGCAAUAGGCCUAAUCUUCGCAUUUGCUAAUGCUGUUGCAGUAGCUAUGUAUGUGGUUGGUUUUGCAGAGACAGUUGUAGAACUGCUGCAGGAAAAUGGUGCACUUAUGUUGGAUCAGACGAAUGACAUCAGAAUUAUAGGAGCCAUCACAGUACUUGUAUUGUUAGGUAUCUCUGUAGCAGGAAUGGAAUGGGAAGCAAAAGCACAGAUUGUUCUGCUGGUGAUCCUGCUAUUGGCUAUUGGUGACUUUAUCAUAGGAACAUUUAUUCCACUGGAUAGCAAGAAGGUUAAAGGUUUCUUUGGUUAUAAAGCUGAAAUAUUUACUGAGAAUUUUGGACCAGAUUUCCGAGCAGAUGAAACUUUCUUUUCUGUAUUUGCUAUUUUCUUCCCUGCUGCAACUGGCAUUCUGGCUGGUGCAAAUAUCUCAGGUGAUCUUGCAGAUCCCCAAUCAGCCAUACCUAAAGGAACACUGUUGGCCAUCUUAAUUACCACAUUGGUUUACAUAGGAAUUGCAGUAUCUGUAGGUGCUUGUGUUGUUCGGGAUGCUACAGGUAACCUCAAUAACACCAUCGUUACCGAACUGACAAAUUGCACUACUGCUGCUUGCAAGUUAAAAUUUGACUUCUCAUCUUGUCAGAAGACAGAGUGUCACUAUGGUCUGCUGAAUAGCUUCCAGGUAAUGAGCAUGGUAUCAGGAUUUGCACCACUGAUUUCUGCUGGCAUCUUUUCAGCCACCCUUUCUUCUGCAUUGGCAUCUUUAGUGAGUGCACCUAAGAUUUUUCAGCUUAGUGAUAUAUUCGAGGUCUGCUUAAAAAGUCCUAUGGUUGAAGAGCAAGCUGAAUUGAAUGUCAUUGCUCCAAUAAUCUCCAACUUCUUCUUGGCUUCAUAUGCCUUAAUUAAUUUCUCUGUAUUCCAUGCCUCACUUGCAAAAUCUCCAGGUUGGCGUCCUGCUUUUAAGUACUAUAAUAUGUGGAUUUCUCUUAUUGGAGCGAUUCUCUGCUGCAUAGUGAUGUUCAUCAUUAAUUGGUGGGCAGCAUUGCUAACAUGUGUCAUAGUCCUUGGACUCUUUAUUUAUGUCACUUACAAGAAACCAGAUGUGAACUGGGGAUCCUCUACACAAGCCUUGACUUACCUAAGUGCAUUGCAGCAUACUGUUCGUCUUGCAGGCGUGGAAGACCAUGUAAAAAACUUCAGGCCUCAAUGCCUUGUUAUGACAGGUGCUCCAAACUCACGUCCUGCUUUGGUUCAUCUUGUCCAUGCUUUCACAAAAAAUGUGGGUUUGAUGAUCUGUGGUCAUAUACACAUGGGCCCUCGCAGACAAGCCAUGAAAGAAUUGUCAACCGACUUGGCCAGAUAUCAGCGGUGGCUUAUUAAAAACAAAAUGAAGGCCUUUUAUGCACCAGUACAUGCAGAGGAUUUGAGAGAUGGGGGACAGUACUUGAUGCAGGCUGCUGGUCUGGGUCGAAUGAGACCAAACACUCUUGUUGUUGGAUUUAAGAAAGAUUGGAAACAAGCUGACAUGAGGGAUGUGGAAACCUAUAUCAAUUUAUUUCAUGAUGCCUUUGACAUUCAGUAUGGUGUAGUUGUCAUCCGCCUAAAGGAAGGUUUGGAUAUUUCUCACCUUCAGGGACAAGAAGAAUUACUGUCGUCUCAAGAGAAAUCUCCAAGUUCAAAGGAUGCUAUAGUAAAUGUGGACUAUAGCAAAAAGACUGAGACCGAUACAUCCAAGGCUUUUUCUCCACCAUCCAGUGAAAAAACUCCUGGUCUGCAUAAAGAGGAGGAAGAAGAUGGCAAGACUCCAACACAACCACUGUUGAAAAAAGACUCGAAAGGCCCACGUGCUCCUUUAAACUUGGCUGACCAAAGACUUCUUGAUUCUAGUUCUCAGUUUCAGAAGAAACAAGGCAAAAAUACUAUUGAUGUCUGGUGGCUUUUUGAUGAUGGGGGUUUGACAUUGUUGAUUCCUUAUCUUCUGACAACCAAGAAAAAAUGGAAAGACUGUAAGAUCAGAGUGUUUAUUGGUGGAAAAAUAAACAGAAUUGAUCAUGAUAGGAGAGCGAUGGCUACUCUGCUCAGCAAAUUUCGGAUAGACUUCUCAGACAUCAUGGUACUUGGAGAUAUUAAUACAAAGCCAAAGAAGGAAAAUAUUGCAGCUUUUGAAGAAAUGGUUGAGCCAUUCAGACUUCAUGAAGACGAUAAAGAACAAGACAUUGCAGAUAAAAUGAAAGAAGAUGAGCCUUGGAGAAUAACAGAUAAUGAACUUGAGCUUUACAAAACUAAGAGCUACCGCCAGAUUAGGCUAAAUGAAUUGCUGAAAGAACAUUCAAGCACAGCUAAUGUAAUUGUAAUGAGUUUGCCAGUUGCACGAAAAGGUGCAGUAUCUAGUGCACUAUACAUGGCCUGGUUAGAAGCUCUAUCAAAAGACCUGCCACCGAUCCUUCUUGUUCGUGGGAAUCAUCAGAGUGUUCUUACCUUCUAUUCCUAAACAUGCCGCGCAACACGCAACUGUGAUUAAAUGGUACUUCAGUGCCUGGAAGAGAGUGACUAAGAUUAACAUCACAAAGGCAAAAAGUGACUACUCUUUCACUGUUCCACUGACUUGAAAGCACACAAGGAAAGUCACUGUAUUUCUAAAGUUGUGAAAUCUUCAGUUUUAUUCAAAUUCUUCUAUAACUUAAUCUUGCUUAAUGAGGGAGGAUUCCUUGUUAGACUGAAGAACAACAAGCUUUUUCUUUGCUACUUGAAUAGCAGCAAUAAAAGUGUUUUUAUUUUUGAUCAAUGAAAGGAUUAUAGAUUUAUAAAAGCCUUUUAGCCUUGAGGUGCCUUCUGAAGUUAACCAAACUGCAUCCAUACACCCUAUUUUGUAAAUUUAUAUAGAAUGUCAAAAUCUGCCUUCAACUAAGACUUUAGAUCAAACUUCCUUUAGUUUCUAGUCUCUUCCAUCUUACAAUAAAAUUAAUGCUGCUUUUCAGUCUUCCAUCAAGCUAUUAUUUUUAGUACUGUAUGUUUUCUAUUCAGAAUUUUGUAAUAUCUGUUAGAUUUGAAACAAAGGUAGGUCAAGUCAGUUGGAAUAAAAAAAUCAUAAUGUUUUUGUCCAAGACUUAGUUUUACUGAACAUGUACCGUUAAAAGUAAUUGUGCUAGAUAAAUGAUGGGAGGACCCUUUUCUCAGAUUUGACAUUGUGCCCUUCUUUCCGUUCAAAAUUUGAGAUGCAUAUAACUUUGGCUACCUUGGUGAAGGUUAGUGUGUCAGUCUUUACUCUAGCUCUAAUAUGAAACUAUUCCUGUUGUAGGCUGAAGAUAGCUUUUUGGAUUAUUUUAGUUUUUUAAAAAAGGACCUGUCUUAAUUCUUGGCCUUCAGAUCUUGGUAUCAUUUAGUUUAUUUGAAGAAAGUGUUAACCUAAGGCUUGAAGGAGCAAAUAUGAGCAAUGUGAUGCCAUCUAAGAGAAUACUGUAAACACUAUGUGGAAUCUCGCUACGCCAUCUAAUAUAAAAUGUAAAAACUAAAAUUCUGAAUCUUUCAUCAAAUGGUUAAAUGGACCACUAGUUAUUAGGGGAGAUGUUUUUAGGUCAGUUCAUUCAGUUGUCAGACAUUACAUUUAGUCUUACUAAAUAAAUACUCAGGCUUGAUCUAGAAAUUUAGACUAUCAUACAUGAUACUUUACACAUUUUUCAUGUUUAAUAAAAACUGCCAAUUUGUGUGUCCUUCCAGUGUAUGUUUUGACUACUUUCUAAUUUAGUCUUCUAACACAUAAAUAAAAAACUUCACUUGAGCCUUUAUACAAAGGUGAGUAAUGUGAACUAUUUUUAAAAUUCCUAUAUAUUUUUCAGAAAAGGAUUGCCUAAAAACAUUUCACAACCUCUAGAUAUUAGUAUUGGGCAUGUUACUACUGGGUCACAUUGCUAGUACUUUAAUGAUUUUCAUUGAAGAUGAUCCAUAGAAAAGGUAUAUUUUUAUGCUUAACAUAGCAUUAUAUUAAAUACUCAGUAAUAGUUCCUUUUGAAGGACAAAGCUAUUAGUCAUUGUGAAGUAAGAUACAGCUUGAACUAAUUACAAUUGGAGAUGUGUUCUACGCUUUAUCCACAGUGCAUGCUGUAGUCAGGUCAUUGGUAAGUCACAAAAUAAUCUCAAUUUUUGCUGUUGGUUUCAACCAGUCUGGAUCUGAAUUGGUUACAUUGUUUCAGGUUUUUUAAAAGCAGCAUGUUUUGCUGCCAAAUACAAAGUAAAUUAAUGCUAACGUGGGCCUGGUUAAGACACAAGUUUAUAAUCAAACAAAUUCUAAUAAAAGUGCUGCUUAAUUACAGAAAGAAAAAAGGUAACUAACAGCCUCAUUGUGUCUGUUACAGGUUUUGCAGUGCUUGUUAAGGUGGUAGGGAUGUCUCAUUAUUCAGUGAACAUGGAAUUGUUGCCAUGUUUCGUUCUUUUUUUUGUUUUUAAACAGAUGGACAAUAAGGCAUGAACUUAGUGCUGCUAUCUUGAAAAUGUACACAGGUACACUUAUUUAAAGUUUUGUCCAUUCAGGAAACUAUUGCUUGUUAUCUGUAAUGCAGGAACCAAAUGAAGUGUGUGCAUACAUGCAUAUAUGUGUAUAAAAUUAUAUAAAAUAUAUCUAAAUAUGCAUUUGGGGAUGGGGAGGGAAUUGUAGUCUGUGAAAUAAUGUAGGAUGCUUUUCACAUAUGCACUCUCAAAACUCCACUAACACUAGACACCAGAUCAACAGUUUCAAGAUUUAUUGUAACACUCUAAUAAACUUCAACAGUUACUAGUAAUUGUGAGCAACAGAUGUUAGCUAGUGACAGUCAUUCCAAUUUCUAUUUAGUCUAUAUGAACUUUGAUUUUGAAGCCAAAUUUUUUUUAAGUUCCAAUCAUUGUUAAUGACUUGAAAUAUAAAAUUUCUCAUUGACACAUGGCAAUUGCAUUAUUUCUGUUGAUGAAAUUUCUUUUUAUGGGUUUAGAAAGAGCAACUAUAGCUGAAGAAAUCAAUUAUUUAUUUUUUGUUCAUUUGUUUGACUGUAUUUAGGUUUCUUUACUUUUACAUACAUUCUUUUUAUAUACUUUUCUGACAUUACAUAUUUAAAAAUGAACGAUGGAAAUAAUUUAAAGAUUUGAGCUUGGUUGGGUAUUUAGUUAUCCACUGGGUCUGAAAAUGUAAUAUUUUGAUAAUACUGUACUGUAACUGUCACACAUGCUUUUCUAAUGUUUUAACAUUGAAUAUUGCAGUUACUACUUUGUACAAGGGGACACUGCAAUAAAAGGAAGUGAAUUCAAUAAAA